CGUUAACUAUCCAACAAGUAACGCGCUACUUUAAACUCCCCUGUAACGAUUAUCUAAGAGCACCAUUUGAGGCAAUUGUUCAUUCCAUUUGGGCUUUAAUACUUAUAAAGUUAAUGUGUUUGACCCUGACUACGUCUUAUUGACCUGCCAAUUAAGAACUAAUGGAUUCUCUUUUACCACCGCGGCCGGGUAGUCGGCAAGGCGCCGUGCAGGGACGGCAUGUAGAUAAGCUUGAUAUCUUGCCAGAUGAGCUUCUAAAAAAGCAGGACGAGGCGUACUUGGCGAAGCAUCAGCUUGAUGCGCUGUUCGGAGAAAUCCUGCACGGCCUCGUGCAGGAAAUGCCAUCAGACCCUGUCCAGUUUAUUAUAGACAGUGUCCAGUAUGGCGUGGAUCAAGCCGUUCAGGACAAAGCAACGGGAAUGCCGCUGCAUCGGAAAAUUCGGCUAUUGGACCUGUUUCGCAUUAUUGACAAGCAGGGCACAGGGCGAAUUUCAUUCCGCGCUAUGCAGGAAUACGCCAACCGCUAUGGCGGCCAAACUCUGGGCGCGGAUGAACUUGUCAGCAUUUUCGCAGACUUCAAGCCCGGAGCCGACAACUUGAUUACGCAAGAUGAGUUUGUGAGGUUCUUUUCCCGAGUCAGCAAGACAAUCUCCAAUACGCAGUUUGAGGCGAUGGUGAAGGAGAUGAUGAGCUGAUUUCCCGCGGCUUCAGCGGUAAACCACCUCGCAUCGCGUCAGCGUGCUUUGAUUGUUGGUGCUUCCCAUCCUGUCCAAUUUCGGCGAGUUGCGUUUUGACGCAGCAGCGUCAAAACAUAACUUGUAUGCAGGUUUUAUGGUUCUUGUGUGUGCGAGUGUGUGUGCGUAUGUGUGCUGAGGCUUUGUAGUACUGCGGGGGGUCUAGAAUUGCAUAUACCUACGUAAACUACGGCAAGGAUCUAGGCGUCGUAAUGCGCGGGACGGAUGUGCGCCUCGUUGUGAGGCGUAUUCCGUAUGUAGUGUUCCGUGUGCACCAGUUGGGUGGUUUGGUGAACGGAGGGUGAACGGAGGAGAGCUGGUUGCGCUGCUGGUGGUGGUGAGGGGGGGGGAAGGGAGGAGUAAGUUGACCUUUUGGGGGGAAUUGUGUACAUGCGCCGAUCAGUAUGAAUGUUAGUUAAACAAGCUGUUGACAAAUGCCGAGGUGGAGGAUCCACUGAACUAUGUCGUACAUCCAAGUACGGAUCUGGACUUGGCCGCAUCUUGAUCAUGUGGGUGUUGCGGCCUCCCCCGCGGCACUGGACACUUCCGCGGCACUGGACACUUGAGGUGUUGUGGUUGCUUCAUAGCGCCUACUACCAUUUGAGAUACGUGUCACAUGACACUGGCUGCCUUUGCAUCUGAAAACACCGCAAGCUUUC